AUGAUAGAGCUAUGCCUUUUGGAAGGGGUCUAUGCAGAGUGGUUAAGUGGAGAGUUCAGGAGGAGCUACUCUGACGAGAUGGCGGCCCAUGAGGGGGACAGCUACACGAAGCGGGUUACCUUUGGGGAGGAUAACCAUACGACCGUAACAGAUUAUGCGUACGGACGGGUGCGGAACAAGAACGAACUGAGGAAGCAACAAAGGAAAGUGACCCUCCUCAGCGUGAGUAGGUGUUUCAAAUUAGUUAACGAUGGGGUGUUCCUGCUAAAGAUGGUGUAUCAACUGUGUGGAAAGACGGAAUGGGAAAAUUUACACGAUAGGCCAAUACACACAGUGGCAUUUAUUUGGCUGCUCUGUUUGCAUAUCACUUCCCAUUGCACUUUUCACCUUCGGAAGUAUUUCAUUCUGAAUAUGAUUCCGGAGGAGCAUCACGAUUUGUUUAGUCUGUUUGGCGUGUUUAAGAAGGUAACAUUUUUUCGAGAGGAGGACCUCCCCAUUUUGUGUUUCUAUAGCAGGAUGGAGAAGACCUAUAUGUUUGUGAAUAAAUUUCUGGAGGACAUUCCUCAGUUUGUUUUGUAUCUCUUGGACGCCUUCAUCGAGUGUGACGCGGCGCCAACGAAUAAAUUCUUCUGUCUCUACGCUGGGGUCGUUUUUUCUGUGUGGUCUCUUGUCGCCUUGGCGACGGUGACCCUCGUAGGGGCUCGCUGGACUCCACUAGUCUAUGUGCAAUUUGUAGCAUUGUUGCUUCUGUCGAUGGCUUUCCUGUUGUCCUUCUUGUAUUGCCACUUUGGUGCGAAGCAAAGAUUUUACCUAAACCCUUACUAUUGCUUAGGUGCGGAUAAAUUCUAG